ACAUCUCAUCAGUAUAUAUCAUCAAUCAUGAAAAAAGUUUAUUUGUUGUGCUUAUGUUGCAUCACCAUCUUGGCAACAAUUUUAAGCUUCAAUGUAGUUUCAGCACAGGGAAUAGCCGUGAACGCGCCAAACACGAUUAAAGAUAUUGAGUCGUACAUAUCUAACAGAGCCAUUGGGUUUGUUUUAAAGCUGGAGGAUGAGUGUCCGAUAAGAGAAAAGCUAAGAUCAUUCUUUGAGAAACUAAAGGAUCUCUUGAAGUUGGAGUCCUCUGUUACACCGAUGAUCGAAGAAAAUGAGCCCAAAACAUUCAUGUCCCAUAUGAAAUCGAAAGCCGAUAAUCUCCUCCAAACGAUGUUGAUAAUUGGGAGAGGACUGUUGAGUUCAAGUGUAAGGAAGGAGAUGUUCAAAGUGGUGAAAUCGCUCACUGAGUUACAUGCUGCGAUUGGUAAAGUUAUUAUGGAGAAACAUAUAAAAGGGGACGGAUCAAUGUCGCUUUCUUUGGAACAAAAGAACGCCGUCGAAAAUGCAGUAUCUCAAUGGGAAGUAACAAUCACCCGAAUCGUGAAGAUUGUUGUAGAAGUUAAGUCGAAAAGUUCAAGUGCGGCUUUAGGGGAAGAGAGCAGUACUACUGAUCAAAACAAUACUUCGGUGAAUGAAACCAUGUUGGAGUCAAAUAAAGGAAAUUUUGAGUCCAUGCAAGAAAAUGCAGAUGACGUUAGUGAAAGCAAUGAAGAUUCCAAAAACGAUGUAGCAAUGAAGGCUAAAGAAGGCAAUAGAGUGGAAGAUGUUAAAGGAGAUGUGAAUAAUGAGAAGCAAUUAGAAGUUCAAGGAGGAAAUAUUGAUUCGAAUACUAAUACGAGUUUGGAAGCUAAAGAGGAUAUUAACUCGGAGGUCGAGGCUAAUACUGAUGGAAGUUCCAUUACUAAGAACUUGGAAGAAGCUAAAGGAAAUGGUGGAGUUUUAACAAAUGAUAAUAACUUGGAGAACAAAGGGAGUGAGGUUACAAUAAAUGAUGGAGAUCACAUGAAGGCAAAUGGUGAACAGACUCAAGAAAAUAAUGGAGAACUAGUGAUGAAUGAAAAUUUGGAGAACAACAAAGAUAAUAAAGACGUGAAGGAUGAUGGAUUGGUAGAGACUAAGAAAAAUCAUGAAACUUCUAUGGAAGAAAAUCGAAAACAUACUCAAGGAGGAACUGAAGUUUCUAUGAAUGGAGAAACAAUGCAUACCAAAAAUGGAAAUGUUGAUUCUAAUAAGGAGAAGGAAGUAGAGGUUCGAGGAGAAAGUAUUGGAAACUCCACUAAAGAUGUAAAUUUGGAGAAUAAAGAAGAUUUUAAAGGAGAUGCAAAUAGUGAGCAUAAAUUAGAGGUUCAAGGAGGAAGCAUUGGAGAUUCACAAAUUAACAAGAAUUUAGAUACUAAAGAAGAUGUUAAGUCGGAGGUUGAUGCUAGAAAUGAUGGAAGUUUCAUGAAUGAAAAGUCGGAAGCUCAAGGAAAUGAUGAAGUUUCUACAAAGAAUACUAACUUGGAAAAUAAAGGAAGUGAGGCUACAUCAAAUGAUGAAUACCACACAAAAGAAAAUGGGAAAAAUACUCAAGAAAAGAAUGGAGAACUAGUGAAUGAUGAGAACUUGGAGAACAGUAAAGAUAAUAAAGAAGUGAAGGAUAAUGGAUUGGUGGAGGCUAACACAGAUCAUGAAAAUUCUACGGAAGAAAAGCGAGAACAUAUUCAAGGAGGCACUGAAGUUUCUAUGAAUGGAAAAAUGAUGCAUACCAAAAGUGGAAAUGCUGAUUCUAAUAAGGAGAAUGAAGUAGAGGUUCAAGGAGAAAGUAUUGGAGACACCACUAAAGAUGUAAAUUUUGAGAAUAAAGAAGACCUUAAAAGAGAUGCUAAUAGUGAGAAGACAUUAGAGGUUCAAGAAGGAAGUAUUGGAGAUUCACACAUUAACAAGAAUUUGGAUACUAAAGAGAAUGUUAAGUCAGAGGUUGAUGCUAGAAAUGAUGGAAGUUCCAUGACUGAGUUGGAAGACACUAAAGGAAAUGGUCAACUUUUUACAAAUGAUACUACCUUGGAGAAUAAAGAGAGUGAGGCUAGAACAUAUGAUGAAGAUCACACAAAAGAAAAUGGGGAAGAUACUCAAGAAAAUAAUGGAGAACUAGUGAAAGAUGCAAACUUGGAGAACAACAAAGAUAAUAAAGAAGUGAAGGAUGAUGGAUUUGUAGAGACUAAGACAAAUCAUGAAAAUUCUACCGAAGAAAAGAGAGAACAUACUCAAAGAGGCACUGAAGUCUCUAUGAAUGGAGACGUGAUGCCUACCAAAGGUGGACAUGUAAAUUCUAAUAAGGAGAGUGUAUUAAAAUUUCAAGGAGAAAUUAUUGGGGACUCAACCAAAGAUAUAAAUUUGGAGAAUAAAGAUGUUAAGUCAGAAGUAGAGACUAAUAAAAAUGAUGAAAGUUCCAUGAAGGAAAAACAAGGAUAUUCUCAUGGAAACGAUCGAGUUUCAACAAAAGAUCAAAACUUGGAGAGCGUAGGAGCACACGAAGAGACUAUGAAUCACAAAACAGUAGAUGCUAUGAAAAAUAACGGAGAUCACUUGAAGAAAAAAAGGGAAGAAAAUCAACAAAACAACAAAGAAUCAACGAAGGAUGAGAACUCAGAGAACAAAGAGGAUAAAAAGGAAUUUAAGGACAAUGGAUUAGUAGAGACGAAGACAAGUAAUGAAAAUUCUGUAAAAGAAAACAAGGAAGAGGCUCAAGGAAGUAAUGAAGUUUCGAUGGACGGUCAAAUGGAUUCCUUAGGAGUAAAUGUGGAUUCUAAUAAUAAGACGACUGUAGAGUUUAAAAAAAGACAUGUUGAAGACUCGAAUAAAGAUUCUAAACCUAAGGUAGAGGCAAUAAAAAAUGAAGGCAAUUCCAUGGAAGGGAAGGGAGAAGUGGCUGAAGGGAACGAUGGAGUAUCAAUAGAGGAUACGAACUUAGAGAACAUCAAAGAUGAAAAAGAGUUAAAAAAUAAUAUACCAUCAGAGACGAAGACCAACAAAGAAACUACUAUGGAAGAAAAGAAAGAGAAGGAUCAUGUAGACAAUGAUGAGUUCACAUAUGGUGGAAAUAAGAACGAGUCUAAAGAUGAUAAGUUGGACGAGAUUAAGAAAAAUAAGAAAGAGCAUAUGGAUAAAAAGUGGCGAGAGGCUAAGGGAAAUGAAAAAAACAUUAUGAGAGGACACUCAAAAGAGGUUAGUAUUGACAACAAAGGUUACAAGAAAGAGAUUAAGGAUGGAAAACCGUUGGAAGUUAAAGAAAAUAAGGAAAACAAAGAAGAAACUCAAAGAAGCAGUAGUGGACAAUACACAAACGUAGACAAUAAAAAAGGUAAGGAUGACAAAUCAGUAGAGGUUAAGGAAAAUAAGGAAAGUUCUAAGAAUAGAAAACAAGAAAAAAUGCAAGGAAGCGGUAGAGAUACAACUAAGGUAGACAGAAAAGAGCCUAUAGAGGCAAGGUUAGAGAAUACAAAAAAAGAUAGAAGCUCUGUAGAUAACAUGAACAUAGAGCUUCAAAAAGGAAGUGAAGAGUCAAUGAAAGAAGAGGAAAGAAAAGAGCAUGAAAAAAAUAAAUCUACGAAAAUUGAAGAAGAGAAAAAGAAAGAGAAAGAGCAUGAAGAACACAAAUCCAAAAAGAAAGAAGAAGAUAAAAGGAAAGAGCAUGAAAAACACGAAGAAAACAAAUCCAAGAGAAAUGAAGAAGAGAAAAAGAAACAGAAAAAGCACGAAGAACACAUAUCCAAAAAGAAGGAAAAAGAAAAAAGGAAAGAGCAGGAAAGAAAAAAAUUGAAGAAUGAAGAAGACAAAAAGAAGCAGAAAGAGCACGAAGAACACAUAUCCAAAAAGAAGGAAGAAGAUAAAAGGAAAGAGCACGAGAAAAACAAAUCGAAGAAAAAUGAAGAAGAGAAAAAGAAGCAGAAAUACCACAAAGAACACAUAUCCAAAAAGAAGGAAGAAGCGAAAAGGAAAGAGAAUGAAAAAAACAAAUUGAAGAAAUAUGAAGAAGAGAAAAAAAGGCAGAAAGAGCACGAAGAACAAAUAUCCAAAAAGAAAGAAGAAAAGAAAAGGAUAAAGCACGAAAGAAACAAAUUGAAGAAUGAAGAAGAGAAAAAGAAGCAGAAAGAGCACGAAGAACACAUAUCCAAAAAGAAAGAAGAAGAGAAAAAGAAAGAGCACGAAAAAAAUAAAACAAAGAAAAAUGAAGAAAAGAAAAAGAUGCAGAAAGAGCACGAAGAACACAUAUCCAAAAAGACAGAAGAAGAGAAAAGAAUAGAGCACAAAGAACACAUAUCUAAAAAGAAGAAAGAAAAAGAAAGGAAAGAGCACGAAAAUUACAAAUCGAAGAAAAAUGAAGAAGAUAAAAAGAAGCAGAAAGAGCACAAAGAACACUUAUCCAAAAAGAAAGAAGAAAAGCAAAGGAUAGAGCUCGAAAAAAACAAAUUGAAGAAAGAAGAAGAGAAGAAGAAGCAAAAAGAGCACGAAGAACACAUAUCCAAAAAGAAGGAAGAAGAGAAAAGGAAAGAGCACGAAAAAAACAAAUCCGAGAAAAAUGAAAAAGAGAAAAAGAAGCAGAAAGAGCAUGGAGAAUACAUAUCCAGAAAGAAAGAAAAAGAUAAAAGGAUAGAACACGAAAGAAACAAACUGAAGAAUGAAGAAGAGAAAAAGAAGCAUAAAGAGCACGAAGAACACAAAUCCAAAAAGAAAGAAGAAGAGAAAAAGAACGAGCACGAAAGAAACAAAUCAAGAAAAAAUGAAGAAGAGAAAAAGAAGCAGAAAGAGCAGGAAGAAUACUUAUCCAAAAAGAAAGAUGAAGAGAAAAGGAAAGAACAUGAAAGAAACAAAUUGAGAAAAAAUGAAGAAGAGAAGAAGAAGCAGAAAGAGCACGAAGAACACAUAUCCCAAAAGAAAGAAGAAGAUAAAAGGAAAGAGCAUGAAGAACACACGUCCAAGAAGAAAGAAGAGGAGAAAAGAAAAGAACACGAAGAAAACAAAGCCAAAAAAAUUGAAGAAGAGAAAAGGAAAGAGCACGAAAAAAACAAAUCCAAGAAAAAUGAAGAUAAAAAGAGUGAACAUGAACAAUACAAAUCUAAGAAAACGCACAAAGAAAACGAAUCCAAUGAAAAUGAAGAAGAGAAAAUGAAAAAGAGAGAAUAUGAAGAAACCAAAUCCAAGAAAAAUGAAGAACAAAAGAAGAGAGAACAUGAAAAAAACAAAUCGAAUGAAAAUGAAAAAGAGAAAAAGAAAGAACACGAAGAAAACAAAUUUAAAAAAGAAGAAGAAGAGAAAAAGAUGAAAAGAGACUAUGAUAAUAACAAAUCUAAAAAAAAUAAAGAAGAUGGAAAAGAGAAGACAAAAGAAAACGUAAAAAUGUCUAGCGAUGAUAAAUCAAAAGAUCAUGAAAAAGAAAUGCUAGUAAAUGCUCAAGAAAAGAGUGAGGAAAGUGAAAAGGAAAUGCAUGCAGAGACUCUAUCAAGGAGUGAGGAAUCAGAUAAAGAAAUGCAAGCAGAUGCUCCAACGAAGAGUGAGGAAUCUGUAAAAGAAAUGCAAACAAAGACUCAUGCAAGGAGUGAAGAAUCUGAGAAAAAAAUACAAGCAGAGGCUCAAGCAAGGAGUGAAGAACCUGAGAAAAAAAUGCAAGCAGAAGCUCAAGCAAAAAGUAAGGAAUCUGAAAAAGAAACGCAAACAAAAGAUCAAGCACAGAAUGAAGAACCAGAGAAAGAAAUGCAAGCAAAGGCUCACAUUGAAAAUGAGGAAUCCGAGAAAGAAAUGCAAGCAGAAGCUCACGCAAAGAGUGAGGAAUCUGAAAAAGAAAUGCAAGCAGAAGCUCAAGCAAAGAGUGCUGAAUUUGAGAAAAGAAAGAACGCAAAGGCUCAAGCAGAAAAUGAAGAUUCCUCGAUAAAAAAGCAAGAAGAAAUUCAAGAAACAAAUGUGGGUGAGAAGAAAGAUCAAGGUGAUCUUAAAGAGGAAAGUUCCGCAGAUGGCAAAACAACUGAAAUCAAAGAAGGUUCUAUAGAAGAAGGCUCCAAAGAUGGUGAAAGUGUUGAAAACAAUGGAGUUAAUGAAGAAGCCAUGGAAGAACAUUCCAAAGAUGGCAAGGUAGUUGAAACCAAUGGAGGUAAAGAAGAUUCCAUGGAAGAAGGUCCCAAAGAUGAAAAGUUAAUUAAAGAUAAUGAAAACACAACUGAAAUAAGUGGAGGCAAAAAUUCUACGGUGGGAGAUUCUGAUGAUGGUAAGAUAGUGGAAAACAAUGGUGGCAAAGAAGAUUCCCUGGAGGAAGGUGAAGAUGGUAAGCCAGUUGAAAUGCAUGGAGGUAAAAAUUCCACUGAAGAAGUUUCUAAAGAUAGUACGGCAGAAAUUAAUGGCGGUAAAGAAGAUUCAAUAGAAGAAAGCUCUAAGGAUGGUGAUAUAGAUGAAAUAAAUAGUGAUAAAGAAGAAUCCAUGAAGGAAGGUUCUGAAAAUGGUAAGACAGCUGACAUCGAUGGAAUAAAAGAAGUUCCAAUAGAAGAAGGUUCUAAAGAUGGUAAGACACUUGAGAAUAACAAUAAUAGUACAGAAAAUUCAGUGGAGGAAGGUUCUAAAGAUAGUAAGACAGUAGAAGUCAAUGAAGGCCAAGAUAAAUCCAUGGAGAAAGGUAAUGGAAGUCAAGAUGUAACCAUGGAAGAAGCUUCAAAGGAUGGUAAUACAACUGAACUAAAUGGAAGUAAAGAUAACUCAAUGGAGGAAGGUUCCACAGAUGGUAAUACAGUUGAAACGGAUGGAGUCAAAGAAGAUUCCAUGAAAGAUAAGGCGACGCAGGUUCAAGGAAACAAUAAUAGCUCCACAAGCGAUACAUCAAUGGCGACAGAGGUUCAAGGACAUAAUAGUAGCUCCACAAGCGAUACAUCAACAGAUGUUAAAGGAGGCAACAUAUACAUCAGUGAAGAUUCUACAAAGAAUAAGACACUUGAAGCUCAAGGUGGAGGUGCUGGUGACUCAACGAAUGGUGAAACAGAAGAGACUGCAGAGAGUAAUGAUUCCAUGAACAACCAAAACGUGCAGCAUGUUGAAGGAGAUAACAUAGACAUCAAUGAAGAUUCUACAAAGAACAAGACAAUGGAAGCUCAAGGUGGAGGUGCUGGAGACUCAACGAAUGGUGAAACAGAAGAGACUACAGAGAGUAAUGAUACUAUGAACAACCAAAACGUGCAGCAUGGAGAAAACAAUGCAAAUUCCAUAAAUAACCAAACAUCAGAAAGUUCCUCAACGGAAAAAAAAGUGACAACAGAUAUCGAGAGCAGUACUUCAAAAGAAGUCACAAGUUUCAUAUCAAACCUUGAGCACAAAUCACCAGGAACACAAGAGUUCCAGAGCUUCUUCCAGAAGCUUAAAGACUACAUGAAAUACGCAUGGCCGGUAUCUUCAACAUUUGAGGCAACGGACUCAAGAUCCUACAUGAGUGAGAUGACAAAUAUGGCAACAAAAGUCUCGGAUGCUAUGGCUGUCUUGCAAGCCAAGAAACUUGGGUCAGGACUGAUGAAAACAACACUACAAGGAUAUCAACAAGAGGUGAUGAAGACUCUUACCAUCUUGCAAUCGGUUUUGAGCAAAGCAGUAUCGGGACAACAAAGCCAGAACCCUGGCUCCUUGACGCUUACGUUAUCACAACAACAAGCAAUUAAGGAAAUAACUUUGAAAUGGGAACAAGUGAUGUCUCAGUUCGUAAGAGUUGCUACGGAGAGUGAAAAACAAUUUUCAAUGGAGACUUCCACUGGAAACGGCUUUCAUAUGAAAAAGAGUUUUAGCUCUAGCUCUAGUAGUAGCUCGAGUUCAAGCCCGGGUUUGGAUUUCAAUCUCAACAGUGAAAGUCCGGAGAUGGUGGAUGUGAAUAGCUAGAGAGUACAUUAUGUAGAUAAAAAUAUGAUUAUGGUUCAUUAGAAUUUUACACUGUUGUAAAAUAAACCCAAGUCGCCUUGAGGUUUAGACUUUUAAUUCUAGGGUGGGUACAAUAUAGAUCGGAAUACAAAUUGUGAACUUGGGAU